AUGUGGUACCUACCGGUAAUUCAAAGGCUCAAGAGAUUGUUUGCUAAUACAAAUGAUGAAAAGAAUAUUAGAUGGCAUUUAGAUGAAAGAGUGUUUGAUGGAAAAAUUCUCCAUGUAGCCGAUUCAUUACAAUGGAAGAAAAUUGAUUCCCUAUUUCCAGAUUUUGCACUAGAGUCGAAGAACCAUAGGCUUGGACUUACCAUUGACGAAAUGAACUGUUUUCGUAAUUUGAGUACUAACCAUAUGUCAUGGCUUGUUCUUCUCAUAAUUUACAACUUAUCUCCAAGAUACAACGUCAAGGAACAUAAAGCGUGUCCUAUAUGUGAAUCUGAUACACGCCACCGCCAAUUACAAAAUGAAAAAAAAACUGUUUAUCUUGGACGUCAAGUUUUUUUUAGACCUAAUCAUCCAUACCGUAUAUUGCGGAAGGCUUUUAAUGGAGAGAAGGAGUUUAGUUUUGCUCCAAAGCACUUAACCGGGAAGGAAGUUUAUAAAAGACUACAACACGUUAAGGUUGUCUUUGGAAAGAGACUAAAAGAUAAACAAAGAGGGAACUUGGAGAAAAAUAGUUGGAAAAAGAUUUUAAUUGGAACACUUCUCAACAUUAAAGACAAGACAAAAGAUAUUACGGAAUCCCGUGAAGAUAUGGUGGUGAUGAUGGCUAUCCGUGACAAUUUACCAAGGAAUAUAAGGGUAACUAUAACCCGAUUGUUCUUAUUCCUCAAUGCUAUAUGUAGUAAAGUCAUUAAUCCUGAAAAUUUAGACGAGUUGGAACAUGAGGCUGUAAUUAUAUUGUGUCAAUUAGAGAUGUUUUUCCCUCUAUCAUUCUUUGACAUUAUGGUUCACUUAGUUGUUCAUCUAGUAAGGGAGAUUAGAAUUUGUGGUCUAGUUUAUUUACGAUGGAUAUAUCUUGUAGAGCGUUACAUGAAGAUAUUCAAAGCGUAUAUAAAGAGUCAUCACCGUCAAGAAGCUUUGAUUGUUGAACGGUACAUCACAAAAGAAGAUAUUGAGUUUUGUAUAAUGUAUUUUUCAGAAGCUAACUCUAUAGGAAUUCCCGAGUCUCGUCAUGAGGGAAGAUAUGAUGGUAGAGGUACCCAAGGUUUAAAUGUUAAAACUUUUAGCCGAGAUGUACAUUUUCCAAAAAAUCAUUUUUCUGUCCCCGAUGCAAGAGUUUUCAAGGGAUAA